AUGGUUGGCUGUAGAAAGCUACACACCGACUCGAUAAAUGCUUCUUUUGACUGUGAUAUUCUGGUGAGAUUCCAACUCCCUCCUACCAAUGGAGAUGGCGGAAGUUUUCUCAAGGGAAGUAUCGAAAGCUUACGUAAAGAAACAGACAUUUUGUACUUCAAGCAUCUGGAUGUUUUCUCUCCCACAUACAUUCCACCUGCGUCAAGAACAUCAAUAUGGAGAAUGAACUUAGAAAUCAUCAUGGUCUUGAUUUCCGACACAUUUUCAUGCAUAUUUAUAGCACGACUACUCUUUCAUGUGAAGAAGAGGCCUCAAAUGGUUCCUUCCGUUUCGGUGUUGAUGAUGCUAAUUCUUGCCUUGGGCUACAUGGUUCCUCCGGUGCUAAACUUUGAGGGAAUGUUCUCAACCAUUCGCAUGCAGAAUGAUUUAUCGCUCAGAACCAUUGGUGGAUGGCUUGAAAUUAUUGAGAUGGUUGUGAGGACAGUGACAAUGGUAGCAUUCAUCUUGCAGUUACAUCUCCUCCAUUUGAUAUGGACUGCAAAACCCAACAAUAAUGAUGGAAACCAAAAGAAUCCUUGGAUUUCUGAGAUGCAGACUUUCAUCAUCUGUUUACCAGUGUAUAUUUUGGGUGGAUUGACGAUGUGGCUAGUGAACUGGAAGAACAAUAAUUACACCAUUGCAAGUCAAGGUUCCAUCUGGGGUGAUCUGAGGUCUUAUGCUGGCUUAACCCUUGACGGUUUCCUCCUCCCACAACUAGUUCUCAACGUCCUCCAGAUUUCAAAAGGAAAUGCUUUAUCUCAUUCCUUUUACAUAGGAACCACCUUCGUUCGACUACUACCUCAUGCAUAUGAUCUUUAUAGGGGUCCAAAGAACAUCAGCCAACAGUUUGAUCGGUUGUAUAUAUACGCAAAUCCGCGAACAAACUUCUACUCACCUUCUUGUGAUAUUGUCAUUUGUUGUGGAGGCAUAGUGUUCGCCGUCAUCGUCUUCUUGCAGCAACGCAUUGGCGGUCGGUUUAUGUUUCCAAAGAGAUUCCAAGAGUCUGCUAAGUCGAUCACUAAUUGUUUGUAG